AAGUUUCAUCAAUGCUAAAUAUGAGUCGCCGUGAAUCUCCUGCCGGUCAAAGGGAUCGAUCUGCAUCCCCGGCCCAGAGAAUUCCUACCAGAAGAGACGAAACUACUAAUCGAGAUAAUAUAAAUAAUAUAAAUGAUGCGGAUGGGAAUUCAGGCUAUAACACUAAUGAUGUAGGUAGAAAUUUAGAUAAUGCGACAUACUCAUUUUUAUCUAAUUUG